AUGAGCAGCACAGAACUUGGCCGCAGAGGCAGAGACCGGCUGCUGCUGGACUAUUCGCAGCACUUCGUCAACACUGGCGAAAGGCCGCAGAACUUCAUUCGAGACGUGGAGCCGGAGAAGAGGUUCAACGCCUACUUCAGGCUGAAGGAGCUCAUGGAGCUGAAGAGGCAGGUCAUCAGGGCGCGGGCCACCCCGGCGCAGUGCAUCCGCGCGGACCUGCGAACCUUCGACUGGAGCCUCCUGCCCUGCCUCUUCGACGUCAUUCUCGUAGACCCUCCUUGGGCGGAAUAUGCAGAGAGGUGUGUGGGGGCGAAAAGGCCCUCCGAGGACUUGCGGCCCUGGUCGGUGCAGCAAAUCAUGGACUGGGGCUUUCGCCGCUGCGAAGACAUCUGUUGGGUCAAGACCAACAAGAGUUUGGCCCGCAGCAACCCCGCCUUCGAAGCUGCUGCUGCUCCUGCAGUUCUUCGCGACGAGUCUUCUUACCUCCACCGAACCACCGAGCACUGCCUCGUCGGCAUCAAGGGCCUCGUCAGACGCGCCCAGGUGCAGCAGCAGCAGCUGGAUCUUCAGCAGCAGCAGUUAGAGCUGCAGCAGCAGCAGUUAGAGCUGCAGCAGCAGCAGUUAGAGCUGCAGCAGCAGUUCCGCAGCAGGAGCGCGGCUGGCAUCCAGCCUUGCCGUCCGUUCCAACCGCGUGACGGCCACCUGAUUCACGCGAACCUGGACGCAGACGUGAUAGUGUCUGAAGAGCCCGCGGACUUGUUCUCCACGGAGAAGCCCGCGGAGCUCUACGACAUCAUCGAGCGCUUUUGUCUUGGCCGCAGAAGACUGGAGCUUUUCGGGCUGCAGCGCAACGUGCGCGACGGCUGGCUCACCAUUGGCGCUGCAGUCCGCGAGACUUGCUUCAACCCCCAGCUCUACUCCUCGUGGUUCUCUGGAGACGUUUCUUACCCAGAGGCCCGCAGCUACCAGGGCGGGAGGCUGCUGGGCUCCACGGAGGAGAUUGAGGCCCUCAGGCCAAAGUCUCCCCCGCGGGAGGUCAGGCCCCAGCAGCAGCAGCAGCAGCAGCAGCAGCAGCAGCAGCAACAGCAGCAGCAACAGUGA